AUGGCCUUGAGGAACCACAGCUCCAUCACUGAGUUUAUCCUCAUUGGGCUGUCUGACGACCCCUGCAUCGAGGCUCUGCUCUCUGUGCUCUUCCUGGUGAUUUACCUCCUGACCCUGAUGGGGAACCUGAUGCUGCUGCUGGUUAUCAGGACUGACUCCCACCUCCACACACCCAUGUACUUCUUCUUGAGUAACCUAUCACUCGUGGACCUCUGCUUCUCUUCUGCCACUGUGCCCAAGCUACUGAAGGACCUCCUGUCUGAGAAGAAAACCAUCUCUGUAGAGGGCUGUCUGGCCCAGGUCUUCUUCAUGUUUAUCGCUCCAGGGACUGAAGCCUGUCUGCUCUCUGCCAUGGCUUAUGACCGCUAUGCCGCCAUCUGCCACCCACUGCUCUAUGGCCAGGUGAUGAGCAACCAGCUCUGUGUGAGGCUGGUGUUGAUCUCGUGGGGCCUGGGCUCUCUUGAUGCAGUCAUCAUUGUGCUCUUGGCUAUUAACCUGGACUUCUGUGAUGCCCAAACCAUACACCACUACACCUGUGAGCUGCCCUCCCUCUUGCCUCUCUCUUGCUCUGAUAUCUCCAUCAAUAUCUAUAUCUUGACCUGCUCGAUCUUAUUGCAUGGGUUUGGAACUUUCCUCCCAAUAAUCUUCUCUUAUGCUCAUAUUGUUUCCACCAUCCUGAGCAUCAGCUCCACCACAGGCAAAAGCAAGGCCUUCUCCACCUGCUCCUCCCACCUCAUUGCAGUGAUCCUGUUCUUUGGCUCUGGUAUGCUUCGCUAUCUCAUGCCUCCCUCUGGUUUCUUCCUUGAUUUACUCUUCUCCAUACAGUAUAGUGUGAUCACGCCCAUGCUGAAUCCCCUCAUCUACAGCCUCAAAAGUAAUGAAGUAAAGACAGCUGUGAAAAGAACAGUGAGAAUAUAUUUGCAAUAUUUCACGUAG